GUUGUAGGCACAAAACACAAUCACAAUCAUACGCGCAAUCUAUCCUCUAUUUGCUCAUACGGAACGGAUGUACUUGAAAAACCACUCAUCUUGUUCCUUUGUUCACUUCAGAUUUUUUUUCUACCACUAGCUUCUUUCCUUUGUCUUUAUCUCCUUCACACAUCGCAAUCCCAGAAAUAAAUCCCCCCCCUCCCCUUGAAUCUUUUUGUUUCUUCAGACAAUGGAAAAUGAUCCUUUGCUUCUGUAUGCAAGUCCCCGGAAGAAACCAACGCCGCCCUCACCUCUCUUUCCCCUCCCUGAACACAAUGAAGUCUCUCUCCCUGUCUCUUUAACUCCAUCUGAGCUUAAAGAUAGACUCAUCUUUGGUCCUUCUCCUCCUCCUUCCCUUUCUCCCAUUGAUUCUUCUCCCAUCUUUGAUGCCUUAACUUCAUCUCUUCAAUCCCCCCGACCUUCUUCUUCUUCUCCUCCUCCUCAAGACACUGUUGUAAAUCUCCAAGACCCUCUUUUGCAGCCAACCCAACUUAAUUCACCCACUCCAGCACCAGCUUCAUGGUUAAUUGACCCAGAUUUCAUAUGGGAAAAAUCCAAUCUUCACAGGUCCAAAACGGCACCUGCCAUGGCUGUUUUAAAUGAUGUCAUCCGCUCUUCAAUUCCCAAACCUCAAUUGGGGUCUCAAUCCAUUGUAAGACAAGCUUUUGUGCUUUUAGUCUUGUAUUUAACUUUGGGUGUUGUUAUCUUUUGGUUUAAUAGGCAUAAUUUCUUGGGUAAUGAAACUCACCCGGUUGUUGAUGCAUUGUAUUUUUGUAUUGUGACAAUGUGCACAAUUGGAUACGGUGAUAUUAUCCCUAAUAGUGUGGCUACCAAGUUGUUUUCAAUAUUAUUUGUGUUGGUCGGAUUCGGUUUUAUUGAUAUUUUGCUUAGUGGGAUGGUUAGCUAUGUACUUGAUUUGCAGGAGAGUUAUUUGUUGAGAACUGUUGAACAUGAGGGUCAAAAGAAGGACUCUGCAAGAUCUUAUAUAAUUGAUGUCAAAAAGGGGAGGAUGAGGAUAAGAAUGAAGGUGGGAUUGGCAUUAGGAGUUGUGGUUCUUUGUAUUGGAAUUGGUGUUGGUGUUAUGCAUUUUGUUGAGAGGCUUGGGUGGUUGGAUGCUUUUUAUCUUUCCGUUAUGUCGGUCACUACAGUUGGCUAUGGGGAUAGAGCAUUUAAGACGUUGCCUGGUAGGAUUUUUGCUGCUAUUUGGUUGCUUGUUUCCACUCUGGCUGUUGCUCGAGCGUUUCUGUAUUUGGCUGAGGCUAGAGUGGAUAAGAGGCAUAGGACAAUGGCGAAGUGGGUGCUUGGACAGGACAUGACUGUCUCGGAGUUUCUUGCUGCUGAUAUUGACAACAAUGGUUUUGUGAGCAAAUCCGAGUUUGUGAUAUACAAGCUCAAGGAGAUGGGGAAGGUAUCAGAAAAAGACAUUAUGCAGAUCAGCGAGAAGUUCGAUAGGCUAGAUGCUGGCAACUGUGGGAAGAUAACUCUUGCAGAUCUUAUGGAGCAUCAUCAUUAAUCUGCAAGUAACCUUGCUUAUAAUCAUCGUUAUGAUACGGCGAAGGUGGCAUGGACAGUAAUGGAUGACAUUGAAUCAUCAACUGCAGAAAUGGCAGUGGUUAGAAAUCAAGGCAAGCAACAAUGACGGUUUAUUCGAAUCUUCAUGCAUGUUGACUUGGUCCUCUUGCUCAUCCCAUAAUGUCUUAUUCCAUAGAUGAACGGUCUACCUUCCCGGUGUAGUUCUUUCUUUUGGUUUUAGGGUCAGAAACUCGGUAAGACAAUCCUGGGAUGCAUCAUUCACCAACUUGACUAGUGGAUAAAACCCUUUUGUUGGUCGGACUAAGUCUGGCGCUUGUUGAGUGGUUGGCCUAUGUUACCUUAGCGGAAUACAUGUGUACAAUUUGGGUAUGUUAUAGUUUAGGUGGUUGGAUAAGCACCUUAUGAGUAUGUCCGAAUAUAUGUUCUAUUUAGGUGGUUGGUUGGAUUGGAUGAGUUCCCUAUGUAAAAGUAUAUGUUGAUGCCAGUUUUUUAUGAAAAUGAAUUUUGUACGAAAGAGAUUUGUGGAUGUAAACAAAUUGCGUUUAUUCUUA